CACGUGACACAUCUAAAGACCCAGGCGGUUUAUGCCCCUCCGUGUCAGAACACGGGUGAAGUAGAACAGCCUGGUCGUGGUGUACCGUUGAAUGGGAUACCACCUGUAUACAAGACAAGUACCGUUACUUCAUGUUUGCAUCGUUGUCACGGAGGUCAACGGCGUGAUCUGGCGCCCGGUGUGUGAAUCAUCCAGUUUACAAUUCCCUUCCCUCCCGGAGCCGCAAACCAGUGUUCGACGUCAACUAGCAAUAUGUCGGCUGUUGCCAUGGUAAUGAGAACAAACGUCCAUACCAAGUCUAUUCAAAAGGAGUUCCUCAGCAAGUUGACGGAAUAUUUGAGCAAAACCUUCAGUAUUGAGACCAAGAAUGUGACCCUGGAGCUCCACUUAGAGGCCCAGAUGAUGCGAGCUGGAUCCACUGCCCCCAUGAUGAACAUUGACCUCCACCACAACAGUAACCGGGCCAGUCAGGAGCACAAACCAGAGCUGGCCACAGAUAUCGCCAAGUUUAUUUCAGCUCAGAUCAGGAUACCUGAGGACAGGAUACUGGUGCUGUUCUUCGAUACACGGAAAUGCACAUGAGGAAUACAUCACAUGUAUCAACACAUCAAAGAAUUUCCCACCCAAAGUGGUGUUAUAUUCUGAUGCUGCAUAUCAGCUUACCUUAAUAACUUUGAAACUGUCCAUAAAGUGAUCUAUCUUAAAGAAAAUAAGAUUGUUUCAGUGCAAUCAAAUCUGAGGUUUUAAGCACUUAUUCAAGGAUGUAGAUUUUCUCAGCUGAAAUGUAAUUUAGUGUCUAUCAGUAUUCUGAAAAUUCAAUAUACUUAUAAAAAGCUGUGUACUGUGUAAUGAAAUAAAACUAUAUUCAUAUU